CAUAUCCAGAAAUUCCGAAACUCGUGGCGCCGGUGAGCUUCGCUCUGCCUCAGCUUUCUUGGAGAGCGGCGAAACGAUGCUUCUCUGCGUUCGUGUCUGAGAAUUGAGACAUGUCGCUCGCGCCUUCGCUCCCUCGUCUCCGGACUCCGUUCCUCCAUUCUUCUCCGCUCAAGCGCUCCCCCUCCCUGUCCGCCAAGCCCGCCGGAGCCCACCGACGCUCCUCCCCGCCCCUUUCUUACCCGCGCAUCAGAGCCGUCGAUCUCGACCAGAACACCGUUGUGGCCAUAUCGGUGGGGCUCGUGAGCGUGGCCGUCGGUAUCGGCGUUCCGGCGUUCUACGAGUCGCAGAUUGAUAAUGCUGCCAAGAGGGAUAACACGCAGCCGUGCUUUCCUUGCGAUGGAUCCGGCGCUCAAAGGUGCAGAUUCUGCACGGGCACCGGCACUGUGACUGUGGAACUUGGAGGGGACGAGAAGGAAGUGUCGCGCUGCAUCAAUUGCGAUGGGGCUGGCUCUUUGACUUGCACCACAUGUCAAGGAUCUGGGAUUCAACCCAGAUACCUUGAUCGCAGAGAGUUCAAAGACGAUGAUUGAAGCCCUUACAAUGGUAGCAGCAGCAGCAGUACGGAUGUGGCUUGAAGACUCACGAACAGUUACUUGGGAAAUCAUAGACAGAGCACCACGUUUUUGGAGACCAAUUGCAUUAUUGUUUGAUUGUGUUUGUUAUCUCUGCUAAUGUUGUAAUCACAAAUUCGCAAUUCAAAACUAAAGUGAGUCAGCUUUCUCUGUU